AGGUUCUGUUUCCAGCUUCACCUUUCAAUCUGAAGUUGGUUUUAAGCUCUUGCCACCAUGCCUGCUGAUUACAAUGGGACGUGGGAAAUGGAAUCCAAUGAGAACUUUGAAGGCUACAUGGUUGCACUAGACAUUGAUUUUGCAACUCGUAAGGUUGCAAAACACUUGAAACAAACAAAGGAGAUUAUUCAAGAUGGAGACAACUUUAAAACAAAAACACUCAGUACUCUGAGAAACUACGAACUGAACUUCACUGUGGGAGUGGAGUUUGAAGAACACACCAAAGGACUCGAUAACCGGGUGGUUAAGACACUAGUGACCUGGGAUGGUGACAAACUGGUAUGUGUUCAGAAAGGUGAAAAGAAAAAUCGUGGCUGGAAGCACUGGAUUGAAGGAGACCAAUUGUAUCUGGAACUGACGUGUGAAGACCAGGUGUGCCAUCAGAUAUUUAAGAAGAAAAAGUAACCAGGAAACCACUUAAACCUUCAUCACACUACUGUGCUGAUAUGUUUUGUCUAAAAAAAGAAACAAACCGGAUUUUGUAAUAACUCUUUGAAACAGCUAUGUGAAUGCAAUUUUGUGCAUGUUUAUGAAGAGAAACAUUUUGUAGAAAUAGCAUCAAACAGUUAUAAACAGUUAUAAACAGCAUCA